AUGUCGACAGACAAUUCUGAAAUUUCAUGUAAUCGUCGACGAAUAUCAACUUUUAAUGGUUUUAUUUCAACUGGUAAUCUGUUUAUUGGUUUAUUUGUGUUAAUGAUUGUGGUAACUCGACAUCAAUCGAAAAAACUUGAACGAAACUCAUAUAAUUUGGAAACACACAAGGAACAUAGACGUUCUGAAAGUAAUUCUUCACUAAGAAAAACAGAUGAAAAACAAUUAUUGAUGAAAAAAGAUAAUUAUGAUCAUUAUUUUCGAAUUGAUUAUACAAUCCAGCAAGCUAUAUGUCAACCACUUAAUGUAUUUCGUAGUAAAAAAGUCAAUGAUUUAAUCCAAACAAUGACUACUGAGGAAUUAAAUGGAAUUUUAACUCGCCAUGUCAAAAUUCAGUUGGCUGUUCUUAGAAUUCAUGCAGUACUUAUAGACGUGAACAAUAGAGAAAAAUUAAUAUGCAGUUAUAUUUUGGAAUUAUUUGUUGGCAUUAAUUUUCCUUCAUAUUGUGCUGAUAAAUGUCAAACAGUUGAAAUUAAUUUUAUAACAUCAAAUAGAAAAUUAUUUGGUGAUUUACCAAAUUCAUCAUUAAAAUUCUCAUUGCCACUUAUAAAUUCACCUAAACAAUCAAUUCUCUAUUAUAUUCAUAAUGUUGCUUUGUAUCGAACAGUUAAAUAUUUCGAACAAGCUUUAUUUAUUCAAUCGACAUUUGACAAUCGUUAUGUAUCAACAAAAUUUUUUCGUCCAAAUGAUAAUCAAUCAUUAAUAUCAAUGUCAACAAAUGAUAAAAGUUUAUUUAUUAUGAAAAAAGGUUUGAAUUUAUUAGAUACGUCGUCAGUUUAUGUAUCAUUUCUUUCAUUAUCAUCACCAAAUUUAUAUAUACGUCAUGAAGAUGCUCAAAUAAAAAUAUCAAAAUAUGAUUAUUCUCCUUUAUUUAAAAAAGAUGCAACAUUUAAAUUAAUAUUUGAUGUUCAAACUGAUACAGUCGUUUUUCAAACAAUAAAUCUUUCCAAAAAAUAUUUUAUUGCUUUAAAUAAUGAAGCCGAACCUGGUUUAAUUUUAGUUCAAGCCAAAGAACCAUCAACAAUUAAUCAAUUUGACAAACGAUUUACUUUUAAAUUGAUUUCAUUAUCAUGA